AUGUGGCUUGACCGGCUCGGUGCUCACAACAACUUCCAACAGUCCUCCAAUCCAAAUAGCAGGCCCAUUUCCCCCCUGCCUCGACGAGUGUCCAGCCGUGGGAGUCCAUACAUCACAUCACAAUCGCGGUCAGGGAGAGGGUCUGAGGCGUCUCUGGUGUCUUCCAGCGACACCGGGUCCUCUGUCUCCCUCCUCAGAGGGUCAGCACGACCCAAUGGAGGCCAAAUAGGAAGCUCCUCACUCAAGCAGACCACAACUGUCGAUGAUGGAUCCGAGUCGCUGUCCGUGCUCGGCAGGAUACUUGGGAGCGAGGUGGCUACGGAGCGAGCAGAGUCGAGCGGCGCCCCGUCGCCUGUAACACAACUGGAAGACCCAUUUAGCUCUACCAUAACGCAAGAGGAUCUUGAGAUUGAGUUCGACUUUGGCGGGGUCUCUCUGCGGGAGUUCAUAGCCCAGAGCGACGACGAGAGCCCCGACGCAGGUGUACAUAGAUCGCAGUCAGUUGAAGAAUACGAGCAGGCCAAGACUAAGUACGAAGAGCUGCACAAGUCCAUACGCGCGUGCGACGACGUCCUCAGCUCCGUCGAGACGAACCUGACGAGCUUCCGGGACGACCUCGCGGCGGUGUCCGCCGACAUUGAGCACCUGCAGGCGCGGUCCACCGCCCUCAAUGUCAGGCUGGAGAACCGCAAGGCCGUCGAGAAGGGCCUGGGACCCGUGGUGGAGGAGCUGAGCGUCUCGCCCGUCGUGGUCUCUGAGAUCGCCGAGGGCCACGUCGACGAGUCGUGGGUCAAGAUGCUCGCCGAGGUCGAGAAGAGGUCCGAGGCGCUGGCCAAGAAUUCGAAGCAGCAGGGGCAGAGCAGGGCGCUGGCGGACCUGGCGCCGUUGCUGGAGAAGUUGACGCUCAAGGCCAUCGAAAGGAUAAGAGACUACUUUGUCGCGCAGGUAAAAGCUCUCAGAUCACCACACAUGAACGCACAAAUCAUCCAACAGCAAAAGUUCUUGAAAUACAAAGAGCUCUACGCCUUCCUGCACAGACAUCACUCCCAGCUGGCAGACGAGAUAUCCCUUGCCUACAUGAACACGAUGCGGUGGUACUACCUGAACCAGUUUGGGCGGUACCAAAAGGCUCUCGACAAGAUUAAGCUCCAUAUAAUCGACAAGACUGACGUCCUAGGUCACGAGGACACGUCUCGGAAAGCAACAGUCCUGGGCGGCGGCACGAGAGGGCUCGGCGGCCCGCCGCACGACGCCUUCAACCUCGGGCGGCGCAUCGACCUGCUCAAGACGCCCAACCAGACGGCGCUCAGCAGCUACCUCGCCGAGGAGGACCAGUCGACGCACUACCUCGAGGUCCCGUUCCGCAACUUCAACCUCGCGCUGCUGGACAACGCGACGGCCGAGUACACGUUCCUGGCGUCCUUCUUCACGCCGAGCCUGACCCUGGCCAGGGUUGGCAAGAACUUCAACUACAUCUUCGACCCGACGUUCCAGCUGGGCCACAACCUCACGCGCUCGCUCGCGUCCGAGACGUACGACGGCCUGGGCCUGCUGCUGUGCAUCCGGCUCAACCAGCACUUCGCCUUCGAGCUGCAGCGCCGCCGCGUGCCCGCCAUGGACGGCUACGUCAACGGCACCUCGAUGGCGCUGUGGCCGCGCCUGCAGGCCGUCAUGGACGCGCACUGCGAGUCGGUGCGCGCCAUGACCUCUGCCCUGCCGCAGCGGCCCCUCCCCGCGCGGCGACGGCGCGCCACCAGCGCGGCGCCGCACGUCGCGACGCAGCGCUUCGGGCAGCUCGUGCACGGGAUCCUGUCGCUCAGCGGGGGCGGCAGCGACGACAAGCACGGCGGGGGCGGGGGAAGCGGCGACGACGAGCCCGUGGCCGCGUCGCUCGGCCGCCUGCGCAGCGAGAUGGAGGCGUUCCUCACGCGCUACAGCCAGGCGCACUUCGGGGGCGACGUCAAGGGCCGCAAGCGCGAGAGGUUCCUGUACAACAACUACAGCCUCAUCCUCACCAUCAUCGGGGACCUCGGCGGCGGGAAGCUGGCGGCCGAGCAGGUCGCGCACUUUGAGGGGCUCAAGACUGCGUUCCAGGAGGCUGCUUGA